GGGAAUCACCGCGGCAGCGACGGGCAGCGGCGGCCGCAGCCCCGGCGGCAGCGACAUGUGGAAGGCUACUGCAGGUCACACCAUUUCGGUCAGUCCGGAUGAUGGAGCUGACGACUGGGAGACAGACCCUGAUUUUGUGAACGAUGUGAGCGAGAAGGAGCAGCGCUGGGGGGCUAAAACUGUGAACGGAUCCGGCCAUCAAGAGCACAUCAAUAUUCAUCAGCUGCGAGAGAAUGUCUUCCAAGAACACCAGAACCUCAAAGAGAAGGAGCUCGAAACAGGACCGAAAGCCUCGCAUGGCUAUGGAGGGAAGUUUGGUGUGGAACAGGAUCGCAUGGAUAAAUCAGCUGUUGGACAUGAGUAUCAAUCCAAGCUAUCUAAACACUGCUCCCAAGUGGAUUCAGUGAAAGGGUUUGGGGGCAAGUUUGGAAUACAGACAGAUAGAGUUGACCAGUCAGCUGUUGGGUUUGAGUACCAAGGGAAAACUGAGAAGCAUGCCUCUCAGAAAGAUUAUUCCAAAGGUUUUGGUGGGAAAUAUGGUGUUGACAAGGACAAAGUGGACAAAAGUGCUGUUGGUUUUGACUAUCAAGGCAAAACGGAAAAACAUGAAUCACAGAAAGAUUAUGUGAACGGGUUUGGAGGCAAGUUUGGUGUGCAGACCGACAGGCAAGACAAGUGUGCGCUCGGCUGGGAUCACCAGGAGAAGGUGCAGCUGCACGAAUCCCAGAAAGACUAUAAGAGUGGUUUCGGAGGGAAAUUUGGUGUGCAGAGAGAAAGGCAGGACCCAUCUGCUGUGGGGUUUGAAUACAAGGAGAAACUAGCCAAGCAUGAAUCUCAACAAGAUUACUCAAAAGGAUUUGGUGGGAAGUACGGUGUGCAGAAGGAUCGGAUGGAUAAGACUGCAGCAACUUUUGAAGAUAUUGAGAAACCAACAUCAACUUACCAGAAGACUAAGCCAAUAGAGGCUGUCGCUAAUAAAACAAGCAGCAUCCGAGCUAACUUUGAAAACCUAGCCAAGGAGAAAGAGCAGGAAGACCGCAGGAAGGCGGAAGCUGAACGAGCACAGCGAAUGGCUCGGGAGAAACAGGAACAGGAGGAGGCUCGAAGGAAACUCGAGGAACAAGCCAAAGCCAAAAAACAAACCCCACCACCAUCUCCCACCACACUGCCAGCUGAGCAGAAGGCGCCCUCCAGCCCGGUCUACGAGGAUGCAGUUUCCUAUGAAGCAGAGCCUGCCCACAAGAAUCCUGGUGCUGCGUUGCCAGAGCCUGGCCGCAAAGCUGCCGAGUCCGACUACCAGGAGGCCGUGAGUCAGCGAGAGCCCCAGUACGAGCCGGAGACCGUCUAUGAAGUGGCAGGGGCAGGAGACCACUAUCAAGCAGAAGAAAAUGCUUAUGAUGAAUAUGAAAAUGAACUUGGAAUUACAGCCAUAGCCCUUUAUGAUUAUCAAGCUGCCGGUGAUGACGAGAUUUCCUUCGAUCCAGAUGACAUCAUCACAAACAUAGAGAUGAUUGAUGAUGGCUGGUGGAGGGGUGUCUGCAAAGGCCGGUACGGGCUGUUCCCUGCGAAUUACGUGGAGCUGAGACAAUAGAGACGAUUGUCUACUGGAUAUGCCUUAAUUCCCCAGUCAAUAAAUCUGACUUAGUACACUACAAAUCAUGAUGCUUUUCUGAGGAUGGAGGGGUAUAUACAUAUUGCUUUUAUAUUUAAUACCUUGCUGAUGCUUUUUAAAAUGUUUAUGCCACAGAAGUUGCUAAUAUAUUGUAACAAUUCUGUUCUUCACUGAGGCUAUUAAAAUGAUUUUCAAGCAUUUUGAAACCUUUCUUCUCUGCCAAAUUAGUAAUUGUCAUUGAAAACCCUUUUCGAGGGCAGUUAGCUGUCUGUCUUAAUAGUGCAUGUUUUACUCAUAAGUGAGCAGAUUUACCUAGUGUUUAAGUCUAGUUAGUCUUCCACUAAAUGUUAUCAGCUAAGAAAAUCAUGGCUCUGCAGGUUAAUUGCGUUUUCACCCAGAGGGAGUGGGGAGGUCUGGAGAGGGGCAUAAUUUUUCUUUUUCCAGAUAGUAUGUGAAAAGGAGAGAAUGCUUUGAAGUUGCAGCUAAUGGCAAUUAAUCAAGUACUGGCCAAUAUCUAGUAAAUAAUAUUGUUACGAAGGAAACAGUCUGGUUACUUUUUCCUUCUCUUUUAAAGUGAGAUUUCUUGGCUUUUGCUUGGAUUUUCCUGAUCUUGGCCCUCCUCUUCAUGUUAUUCCAGGGAGGGCUGCAAACACUGUAGCGCUUUUUAUUGGUUUUACUCUCCCCUCUCCUAUAUCCCAGGGAAACCUUAGAAAGUUGACAAGUGUUGUAUACAAGUGUUGAGUCACCCAGAGAGGUUCCCAUUUGCUCAAAAGGAAACUGACACCCAAAUCUGUGCGGCUAGCUACAGGAAUAGUGUCAGUGCUUUAAAAUGAGAAAAAAAGGCAGCAUGGAAUUGCAGUUGCAUUCUGUGUACCAUAUAUCUUUUAUUCAUACAAUGAAAACGGGCAGGCCUGCUUUGUAGUAAUAACAUUUUAUAUAACCAUAUUUAAGUCAAGGAACAUUAUGCAAAUAAUUUGAAACCAUUAUAGAUAACCUCCGUUUCUAAGCUACAUGGAGACACUACUUUUUUUUAUGUUCAACAGAAACUGUCAGUAACAUUCUGCUAAACAAUGGAAUUAGUUCUGUUCUUUGCCAAAAUUAAAACUGAAAUUCUUGGAAUUCUAAAAAGCUGACUUCACUGCAGAUUUGGGGUCCCUACCAAAGAUAGUAAGUUGCAUCUAAUAGUGCAUGUUAAAUGUGUGUACUGUCUGUUUCCACCUUCUGAUCAAAAUAGGAAUGACAGAAUUGGCAUGGUAGCUGAGAAAGAAUGCAAAAGCUUUUAUUAACUGGCAAUUUGGACCAAUGGAAUAUAGAAGAACUUGUAUAAAAUGGUGAAAUGUAUAAUGUGUCUAGGAAGAAGGCAUCAUGUUGAAAUCAAUUCUUGGAUGGUUGGGACAAUCCUUAAUGAAUGUCAUAUGUAUGUCUUAAUUAUAUAUAUAAUUAUUUUCUUUCCCAUGGUCUCAUUUCUGUGUUAUAUUUGCAUUAC